AACAUAUCAUCGUAGAUGGAGCCACCGCUAAUAGCGAGAGUUUCCAAUUAAGGAAAAACCAUUCAGGAUGAGAAAUCGAGUGCGAGUUACUGCAAUGGACCCAGUGCGCAAUUAGACGCCGCCAGUUGCCAGAGUGUUCCACGAGAGAAACCACUCCAGGAAGGAAGAAAACUGCAGUUGUUAGCAGGAUGUUGAGACGUGCCGCAAAACGUGGCAGACCGUAGAUGGAUAGGGGAAGCCUUAAGUGUUUCACUUAAGGAGAACGAUCAUGUCGUACAAGAUCAAUGUUCCCUUGGAGAUGCCUCCUGUGCCUAACCAGAAGUCCCGAAAUGCUUCCGGUUUCGGCCGGAUAUUCGAGGCAGCUACAGAUGCGUCCACCUGCGGAUGUCGCUGCAGAACUUCGAAAUUUCGCCAACGGCUGACCACCACCACAAUACUGUUCUGCCUCGUCAUGCUCGUCUUCCUCUUCAUGGUGCAGACCAAAAUUAGUCCGAGCGGGGGUUUACCGAUCAUAUCACCUAUGGCCUAUCGCUUUCCGGCCGAUGCGAGUCAGCUGUACCCAGAGCCCACGGGGUCGGGUCAGGAACCUCCGAAGUCGGGCGGGAGAAGACUCGCGGGAAGUCCGACAGCGAAACGAAAGAAGAAAGAUGAGCUCACGAUGACCACAUCAAAGAAACCAAAGUUGAAAAUUCCCAAGAUAACCACAGAAAUGAAGGAGAGUUUCAAGAAGCUUCAGCUCAUCAUCGACAAUCGACAAGCGAUAGACGACAUUCCGGACAAAACGGGCCUCAAGCGUUGGAUCAAGAAGACCACAUCGAAUCCGACCGUGAUGGAUCUGAACAACGUUGAGUUCGACGGGAACCUGACUUCAUUCGAGCGCUUCCAUGCGGCGAUUUCUCAGGACGAGCUCUACGCGAAAGACUCAACGCUCGUCGAUGAUCUUGUUCGAGACAUGGCGAGACUUGAGAUAGUUCGCGUGGUCCAGAAAGAGGGCGGAACGCAACUCAAACUCAUAAUUGACUACGAUAAUGGCGGACAGGCACUCUUCAAGCCUAUGAGGUUUCCGCGCGACAAAGAGACGGAACCCAAUCAUUUCUACUUCGUCGACUACGAGAGGCACAAUGCUGAAAUCGCCACUUACCACCUCGAUAGAUUACUUGGAUUCCGGCGCGCCCCGCCCGUCGCUGGCCGAACUUUGAACAUGACUUCGGAAAUCUACGCGCUAGCUGACCAGAACCUGGCCAAGACGUUUUUCGUUUCUCCCGCGAAAAACCUGUGCUUCAGCGGUCAUUGUAGUUAUUACUGUGAUACUUCGCAUGCCAUCUGUGGCCAUCCCGAUGACCUCGAGGGCAGCUUUGCAGCGUUUUUGCCUUCAACAGAUAUUGCACCGCGAACAUCGUGGCGUCAUCCAUGGAGAAGGUCGUACAACCGGCGUCGUAAGGCGGCAUGGGAAAUCGAUCCCGACUACUGCGAACUAAUCAAGGAGACACCGCCCUACAACAAGGGACGCCGGCUGGCGGACCUCAUGGACAUGGCCAUCUUGGACUUUCUCACCGGGAAUAUGGAUCGACACCAUUACGAGAGUUUCAAGCUCUUCGGCAACGAAUCAUCCCCCAUUCACUUGGACCACGGACGAGGGUUCGGUAAAACGAAGCACGAUGAAAUGUCGAUCCUGGCGCCCGUUUACCAAUGCUGUAUGAUACGUCAAUCCACGCUGCGCUCCCUGCUCAGUUUCGUCAGCCAGCCUGGUGGUAGAUUGAGCAAACGCAUGCGGAAAUCCAUGUCAAAUGACGCCGUCGCUCCGGUACUCCUCGAUGGACACCUGGAAGCUCUAGACCGGAGAGUGCACAAAAUACUGGCUGUAGUCGAAAACUGUCUCAAGACUAAGCCAUCAACGGAAGUGAUUAUUUUCGAUGAAUUCCUCUGA